UGCCAAUUGAAACAAUCAUGUUGAAGCGAGCAAAGUUAACAAGGAAAUGAGUAGAAUUUUAUUACUAAACCACUAAUACAACCAAUGAACGAAAAAAAAGUAAGGACUGAUAUGUUGGUUAAAGCUUUUAGGUCACUCGCAGGAUGAAGUAAAACAUGCGUAAAACAAGUCCUUUGAACAUUAGAUAAUAGAAAAAACCCCAUUUUCAAAUCAUUCCAAUAUUAGUGAGAGAAAAUAAAUAUUAGCUAAUACCCGCCCCAUAGUAUUGAGUAUUGACGCUCUGUUCAAAAUGUUGUGCAAAAAAGCGAACAAAAAAGAUGGCCAGGCACGGCCCGGUGUUCCAGAAUUUUAUACAAAGAUCCAUCAAGCGAAUAACAAUGGCUAAGUCGAAACGGAAAAAGUAGAGUAUAACAACCAUAUAUUUUCCGGAAUGAAAUAAUUGAACGCAUUUUUAAAUGAUAUCCAAAGAGCUGCAGUUUUAAACUUAGCAAAACGAAAAAUCAGAUACGAUAUUACUAAGGUAUUCAUUUCAUCCAUAUACUUACAAUGAGAUAACAGUGUAGAAAACUGCAUGUAUAGAUUUGUGAAUAAAAGCACGAUGAUGAAAAUGUAGUUAGCGAAAAACUGUUAUACAAAAAAUAAAAUACACACAUGCAUUAUUGAUCCUAUUACCAUGAGAACUAAAGAUGAGUGUUGUGUUAAGGUAUAACUUUUUUUUUUAUUUCGAGCAAAUAUUAUCUUUACGAAUUACAGUCUUUCCCAGAGAUACGUGACACUCGAGCUACGCGAAUUUUUAAUUUUGACUUAUUUACGAUAUACGGGUACAAUUUUCUCUAACUAUUCUCAAAUGUAAAAAUAAAUUGCUUUUUUGCUCAAAGUUUGAAAGUACUGUAACGACAGAGAUAACAAAAUUUUCUACAUGAUUUGUAUUCAAUUAGAAAUUAAUUAACACAUUUAAGUAAUAACAUUAAUAAAUUUUAUAAUGUAUUUAUCAGCCAUAUUUUGUCUGAAAAAAAACGUGAUAUUGAAUUACACAAAAAAAGAGUUUCGUGAAUGUUUGAGGAACACAUUAUUCGCUCAAUUCGGGGAAUGGCUGUAUUACAAACAAUUGGCAUAACGUUGGCACUUCUGAUGCUAAUUCUUAAUAAUGUAUCAGAAUGAUCAAAAAUUUAUUACAGGUAUACAUACUCUUCCUGUACAAUUUAUGAACUAAUGGAGAGACGGUGGAUUGAUGGAAUGAGUGAGUAUGUUAUUGUUGAGCAACAUGCAUUUGCACUACUUUGUGGUGUGGUAAACUGCUGAAUGUGGUCUAUAACUGUCCUAAACUUAUUUUGAUGCUAAAAGAAGGUAAAAUCUUGACUUCAAUCGUCGCUCGCAGAUGGUAUGUUGUUAUGUUGGUGAAACGGUACAGUGUAAAAGCAUCCUUCGACCUGUCAAAGGAUUUAUUUGACGUUAUUUGACGUUCUACUGUUUUUACACGGACAUUCGAAAUACGCGGUGCUGGCAAAAAUUUGCUACAAUCGUACAACGAUAAUGAUGUGACAUUCAUAUCAAAAACCUUGAUUGGAUUUUUUUCAAUUGAAUUAAUGGUAUUGCCGCUUGGCCUCCGUCGUGCACCGAUCUUUGCGGCUGGUCCUGGCGAUGCCGUCGGCUUCUGUGCGGUAAAUGUUUGUCCUCUACCUUCCCGUGUUGUCGAAAGGGAUGGACGAAGUGGAGCCGCCGACCACGGAGACCUUCCGCAGUGUCUUUAGCGACAGAGAUUAGCGCCUUACGGCUGCUUUCCAGCUAGCUUGCAGGGGCCUAUGCGGACGUAAGAGGAAUCCUGCCAAUGUCUAACACCUUGGUCAGAUGACACGAGGUGACAAGACGGGUAGAACAGGAGAAGAUGGUGACCACGCCUUAUCGCCAAGUAGUGUCCAGUCGAGAUAACCUUGGGUAGGGUCUCGAAGGGAGUACGAAGCAUGCGUGGAUUGAAUCUACUUUCGGAAUCGGAAAUAAAUCGCUUGCACAUAUUUCUCCUUUUUUGCUACUGAUUAUUUUAUUUCAUCGAACUGAUUGCAAUCGAUAACGAGGUUUUUCUGGGAAAAUAUAAUAUUUACAUCCUUAACUGAAGUCCUUUUCUAUGAUUUCUAAGAUUUGUGUGCGCAACUUCUCCGACUUGCGCAUGCCACCGCGCAGCGCUUUUAAAAGCAUUCUGCUUUGAACCGGUUUUUUAAUUGUUUAAUUGUGUAUUACUCGUUCAAUGGAUAACAAUGGAUCCGUAUGAAUGUUCUUAAGUCUAAUAUUAGUUUAAAAUAAGUAGUAAGAUCAUCUCAAUAAUUCGCUUCUAAGGCAGUUUUUAAAGGAUUGCACUGAGGUUCCAAAAUCAAACAAAUGACGAACUUCGUUAAACACCCUAAUCAUGGAGUUGAGGGGAUCUCUAGAUCCAUAUCCAGUUCGACUACGGUUCAGGGCAAGUAACGGACGUGAGCGAAGCUGAACAGCAGGCGCGUAAAAGAUUAACUGCUGAAGUAGGGAUGGGCAGUCGAUGUUACUUUGCAGUAAACCAGCCACAAAUAGUUGUUGUGUGGUACGGCGUCGGAUGUGGAGCGGAAGCAGUCCGAGGAGCAGAAGUCGCGUUUCAUAAGUUGGUAACUGACUGCCAGGUGGCCAAGGUAACAAGCGUGUUGCGUAUCGGGAUAAGGGACGCUGUAUCGAUUCCAUUCUCUCAGAAAGUCUUUGGGUUGAGGGCUUCCAGACGACACAGGCGUAUUCGAGUACCGGGGGGAUAAUACCACAGUAUAACGCUUUGAUGCAGACUGGGUCUUUGAAAUCUCUUGUUAUCCGAAACAACAUGCCAAGCAAUUGAUUACCUCGGGUAAUCACCUCCUCUGUUUGCUGGUCAAAUGACAGCUUUGAAUCAAGUAUGACUCCGAGAUCCUUCAUAGCAUUAGUGCGUUCUAUUGGUAAACCGUUAACUGUGUAGCUGGUGUUCUUAAUUUCUCGUGCUCGUGUGAAUGAAAUGACUCGGCAUUUUUCAAUGCAGAGGCUCAGGCGGUUUCGAUUGCACCAUUGGUGAAAAUCGAGAAGGUAUUGUUGUAGCUCGGAGUGGUCUGUGUCAUUUUUUAUCGUCAUGUAGAUUUUAAUGUCAUCUGCAUACAUUAAAUGAUUCGCUGCUGGUACUACAUACGAUAGGUCGUUGAUGAACAGUACGAACAGUAGUGGACCCAGGUUGCUACCUUGUGGCACACCAGAUGAUGCAAUGAAAGACCUUGAAUGGCACCGUUGGAAAGAUACAGCAUACUAUCGAUUGACAAGGUACGAUUCUAACCAGCAUAUUAAAUUUCGCCCAAGUCCCAACUUAUUCAUCUUGGCUAAAAGGAUGUUGUGAUCGAUGCUAUCAAAAGCAGCCUUUAAAAAAGGUUUUGUCGGCUUAGUAGUAGUGAUACUACUAGGCUCCACCUAGGCUCAUCGGCACUCACGUCGCGUGAGCGGCAGGUAUACAAGAUACACGCUAUGCAAAGUGCCCCAUUUCUAAAUGAUCUAAGCUUUAGUGCCUUGUAAUAUUUUCGAGUUUCAUUUUUGUUCAUGAAUAGUUGUUAAACCUAUAGUUAUUGAUUAAAAUAAUAUUCUACUAAUGAAUAAUCCAUUCAUUCAAAGUGAACUGUUCGUAAAACCAUUGAAUUUUGUAAUUUUUAUAUGAAUUUGACAUUUCUUGGACCAUUAUCCAUGGAAAUAGAUUUACCGGAAACCGACCGAUCCCGAGCUACCCGGAUAAUCCACGUUCUACUGUACCUUGCAUCGGAUGCGAUCUUAUCAGACUGAUACGUCAAAAUUGUAUACGGGAUUUGAAGAUAGCAUCGUAGCUAAAAUAAUUAUGUAAACUAUUAAACUCAUCCAAAUCAUCGAGAUAGCAGUUACAGUAUACGCUCGGCAAUCCGCACCUUUUUAAUCCGCACCUCGAUAAUCCAAUAAUCCGCACCUCGAAAAAGCAGUGAACUAUGAUUUAAAAAUAAUAAUAUUAAUGAUGUCAAAACGUCAUUCGAUAAUCAGCACUCAAUUAAGUGCGGAUUACCGAUGGUAUACUGUACCAGCACUUCCGAUAAAAGCGCACUGACACCAACCAUAAAUAAAUAGGGUUUCGAAUGUUCACUAAAUUGAUUCUAUAAUUCAUUCAGCAAAUAUCGCAUUGGAUCUGAGCUGAUUACUUAUAAAAACUACAAAAAAAAAAAAACAAUACAAUUCUAAGACGCAUAACAUCGGUUAACCCAGAAGAGAGGAGUAAAUUGAAGAGCUAUGUUGCUCUUGGCAUUUAAAUUUCCGUUUUUAUUUAACCCAAUUAGGUAAUUUGCCUUCCAGAACGGUUGCUAACAGUAUAGCACCUUUUGUCUGAUAUUAUCAGCUACUUGGUUCCUUCCUAAAUAAAAAACAGCUAAAUACUUGUGACCAAUAGUACACUUUAUGUAUUAGUAAGUAGCUAUUGCUUUCCAAACGGUUGUUGCAAUGGUACAGUGUAUUGGAAGUGUGAGAGCGUACGCUAUUUAAUUUAUGCAAUAUAUUCAAGAGGUUGAAACUAAGACAAGCCCUCAAUGCAUGACCACGACAAAGAGAGUUUUUUUUGUUUUAAAUUAAGCGUUACGUUCGUUAUUUUUAUGCUACUGGUUGGAACAGUUGAUUGCCUUGUUGUAGACUUGCGAUUCAUUCUUAAUUGAACAUUUGGUCAUUCAACAACUAGAUCGUGAAAAGAGAGUUUAGGCUAACAGUUGUAUUAUCAAUACUGCAGAUUGCCGAUUAGUUUCGUGAGCAUACAAAAGAUAUGCUGUAGUUAUAAAACCGUUUAUGAACAAUCGGAUACGUUGUCGUAAAUUGUAAAUAAAAAAGCUUGCAGUGCGACAUCAUUUUGUUAUGUAAUAAAUAGGUUAUAUACAUCGUGCAUAGAGUACACGAGCACAAGUUGGCCGUUUCUGCAUGAUUUCAAGGUUGGAUACUUUUAACCUUAUUGACUUUUGUCACAACUAUGGCGUUGGUGCUGCGAAAUAUUUAUCAAACAUUCAAUUACUUUUUCACCGAAUACAAAGAUCCUCGAAUCGAAAAUUAUCCCUUGUUAGGAUCACCAUGGCCAAUCGUAAUGAUAAUAAUAUUAUACCUAAAGUUCGUCAAUGAUUGGGGUCGCCGAUUGAUGAAAUAUCAGACUCCAUAUGAUCUCACUAUAGUUAUGAAUAUAUACAAUCUGAUACAGAUAUUUUUGAACCUUUACAUUGGCAUCGUAGGUGGUUUAAAUUCUUAUUUUGAUCCUGACUAUAGCUGGAGCUGUGAAACGAUCAAUCAAAAAGACAACCCAGUGAGGCGUAAACUUAUAUUCAUCACGUAUCUUUAUUUCAUUUCAAAAAUUAUCGACCUUCUAGAUACGGUAUUUUUCAUAUUGCGGAAAAAGUAUAAUCAAAUUACUUUUCUUCAUACGUAUCAUCAUGCUGGAAUGGUAGCUGCUACGUAUAUUUUUACAAAAUUUUUAGCAGGAAGUCACGCAACACUUCUAGGACUUAUAAAUAGUUUUGUGCAUGUCAUCAUGUAUUUUUACUAUUUCCUUACAUCGUUUAAGCCUGAAUUGAAAAAAUCAAUUUGGUGGAAACGGCAUAUAACGCAAGUCCAGCUGAUCCAGUUUACUAUUCUUAUGCUACAUUUUGGAGUUCCUUUGGUAGGAGGAUAUUGUGAUUUCCCAAAAACUCUCCUGUUCAUUGGUUUUACACAAAAUAUGUUCAUGUUCACAUUGUUUGCCGAUUUUUACAUCAAGACAUACAUUAAAAAGAAGUAACAUAGGUUAAAAAAUAAAAUAACCAUAUUCUAAAAUAA